AUGAAUCAGGCCUCGCUCUAUCAGCGCGCUAACCAGGUGCAGCGCCAUGAUGCCAAGCUCAUUCUGGAUGAGUAUGCAAACAUACUGCAGUGGCGCGCAGAUGGUCAGGAUACGCUGCUAGACGUUGGUUCCGGCUCGGGCAAUGUUUUAAUGGACUUUGUGCAUCCAUUGCUGCCCAAAGACUAUUCACAGCUGGUGGGCACGGAUAUUUCUAGCAAAAUGGUGGGCUAUGCCAACAAGUGUUAUCAUCUCUAUGAGCGCACCAAGUUCCGGGUGCUGGACAUUGGUUGUCAACAGCUGCCUGCUGAGCUUCAAGGACGUUUUGAUCAUGUCACCUCUUUCUAUUGUCUGCAUUGGGUGCAGAAUCUGCGCGUCGCCCUAGGCAACAUCUAUGAGCUUUUGCGUCCGGAGGGUGGCGACUGUCUGCUGGUGUUUCUCGCCUCUAAUCCUGUCUAUGAGGUAUACAAGCGACUCCACAGCAAUCCGAAGUGGUCUAGCUAUAUGCAGGAUGUGGAUCAAUAUAUAUCACCGCUGCACUAUAGCGCUGAUCCUGUCGAGAAGUUUUGUCAGCUGAUCAGCGAUGCUGGCUUUACUUAUCACAAUGUCGAGCUGCGCAGCGAGGUUUUCGUCUACGAGGGUGUGCGAACGCUUAAAGACAAUGUCAAAGCAAUUUGUCCUUUUUUGGAACGGAUUCCUUCAGAAAUGCAUGAGGAAUUUUUGAACGAUUUCGUUGCUAUUGUCAUCUCAAUGAACCUACAGGAGGGUGGCAACUCUGAAGACGAGCAACGCUUCAUUUCCUCUUACAAGCUGAUUGUUGCUUACGCUCGUAAGUCUCCCGAUUUCGUUCGGACUACUCUUAAUAUUAACUCUGCGAUAAAGAGUAUCAAAAACAUUAAAUAG